AUGGCCAGCAGGCGCGCUCAUCUUGAAGACGACCUCUCUUGUCCAAUUUGUGGAAAUAUUCUCAGUCAGCCAGUGGUGCUUACUUGCAGGCACCGGUUUUGUAAAGCCUGUCUUCAGGACAGCUGGGAGACACAGGGCAGUGGGGAUUCACAUUGCUGUCCUCUCUGCUGGCGUCGUUCCUCCAUGGAGCAAACAGUAGUGAACACUGCAGUGGAGAAGGCCUGUGAAUCCUUCAAGGCCGACAGAAGCAAGAAUGACCCAGAGGCUUGUAAGGAGCACGGAGAGAAACUCAAACUGUUCUGCUUGACAGACCUGGAGCCUAUCUGUGCUGCAUGUGAGAAAGGAGCCUCACACAAAGGACACAAGCUCUACCCCAUUGGGGAAGGGGCUCAUGACUGUAAGGAGGAACUGAAGAGUGCAUUGCUGCCUUUGAAGGAGAAGUUGCAGCUGUACAAGAAGGUGAAAAUGGUGUGUGAGGAAUCAGCAGCACAUGUCAAGAACCAAGUUGAACAUACUGAGAGGCAGAUCAAAGAGGAAUUUGACGUCCUUCGCCACUUCUUGGAAGAAGAAGAGGCUGCCAGACUUAAAGCUUUAAAGGCUGAAGAGGAACAGAAGAAUCAGAUGAUUAAAGAGAAGAUUGAGGAGAUGGACAAUGAGAUGACAUCUCUCACCAACACAAUUAGAUUAGUGGAGCAGGAGAUGAGAUCUCAAGACAUCCCUUUCCUAAAGAACUACAAAGACACAAUCAAGAGAACCUGGCGAUGUCCCUGGGACCCACAAAUGAUUUCGGGUGCUCUGAUUGAUGUGGCCAAGCACUUCGGCUCGCUUAGAUAUAAAGUGUGGGAGAAGAUGAAGAGUAUAAUUAAAUACACUCCCGUGACUCUGGAUCCCAACACAGCAGCUAGCUGCUUCUUCCUGUCAGAGGACCUGACUGUUGUACAGAGCUGCACCCAAAUCUUCAAGGUGCCAGACAAUCCAGAACGCUUUGAUAUCAGUGCUGAGAUGCUAGGAUCUGAGGGCUACAGCUCUGGGCGCCACAGUUGGGAUGUGGAGGUGAAGGAUAACACCUACUGGGUGGUGGGAGUGGCCAGUGAGUCCAUCAAUAGGAAGGGCAAGCAUAUUCUGACACCAGCAGAGGGGUUCUGGACUAUAAGGUUUCGCAACGGAGAGCAUAAGGCCUGCACCGCACCAUGGGCACCACUGAACAUGACCAAGGAACCACAAGUGAUCCGAGUGGUCUUAGACAUGGACAGAGGCAAGGUGACCUUCUUCGAACCUGGGGAGAGAACACCCCUCUACACCUUCACUGAUGUCAUCACACCCAGAGCCUUUCCGUACUUCUGCACUGCCUGUAAAGAGCAUCCACUCAAAAUCCUACCCACAAGGAUAUCCUUAUCAGUGGAGCGCUAAUUCUCUCUGGAAACAUGCUGGCAAGCAGUGUUUACAAAACUACAAUAUAGAUGGACACUAAUAUCUAUGCAGCUAUUUAAUUAUGUUUGUGAAGAGGUACUUUCUGUCUUUGUGAGAGAUGAAGAAAUCAGUGAAGGCAAGCUACAGUACUAGGUAGCCAAGAAAAAAAAAGAACGCACAAAACUCUACA